ACUAAAGCUGUUUCAGAGUCAAUGACCUCAUCACUUCUGAAUUCGGACGUUUCGCGUCUAUUAGGCAAACUGAGAAUUCGUGAAAUGUUGUUGACAAGUGAAGUUAACGCUACACCUACAUAUUCACCCCCCAAGACCCGGGAUCCUCCGCCAACAAUCGUAAGAGAUGGAAAGAAAGCGCAUAGCCAUAGUCGGAAGUGGUAUCUCUGGUCUUUCCGCCCUCUGGUCCUUGCGCGAUUCAGAUCACGAAGUUCAUCUUUAUGAAAAAGAUGCCCGGCUGGGCGGCCACACGAACACGGCCACAUGGACAUAUAAUGGCAAAUCCACGCCUGUAGAUACAGGCUUCAUCGUGAUGAACACCGCGACCUAUCCAAACUUCAUCGCGUUCCUAAAAGCCAUCAAUGUCAAAACCAUGGCUUCUUCAAUGACCUUUGGCAUCUCGAGGGACGCCGGAGCUUUCGAGUGGUCGGGAACAUCACUCGGGGCGCUCUUCGCCCAGCCCUUCAACGCCUUACGUCCUUCUUUCUGGCGCAUGAUCUUCGACAUCGUCCGCUUCAACCUCUUCUCCUUGGAUCUCCUCUCCUCACCAGUAAAGCCUUCGUCAGAUCUGACUAUUGGUCAGUAUCUGGAGAAAGAAGGCUAUUCGGAUGCAUUUCGAGAUGACUAUCUCAUCCCCAUGACGGCAUGCGUGUGGUCCACUGGACCCGACAAGUGCGCUUUGGAGUUUCCCGCCUUAACGUUGGUGAGGUUCAUGUGGAAUCAUCACUUGCUUAGUACUGUUGCAGAGAGACCACCUUGGUUGACCAUUGAAGGUGGAUCUCAAAGGUACAUUGACGCUCUGAUGGCACAAUGUAACAACGCCGUAGUCCACAUGAGCACGCCAGUAAAAGCCCUGAAGAGACGGAACGGCAAAGUCGAGCUCUCAUUCGACAGUACGGAAGGCGCAGCGAAGACCAAAAUAUUUGAUGAAGUUGUGUUGGCUUGCCAUGGUGACCAAGCAAGAACCAUCCUAGGCACCGAAGCAACUCACGACGAAAAGGAAGUCCUAAGCGCCUUCGAGACAUCCCCGAACAAAGCAUACCUCCACUCAGACCUUUCGUUGAUGCCUAUCCGCAAAGAAGCCUGGUCAUCCUGGAACUACAUCACAACCUCUCAACCCCCAUCCGCCCCAACACCAGACCCCACCUCCGGCACCCUCCAAAACGUCUGUCUGACCUACAACAUGAACAUUCUCCAAUCCCUCCCUACAUCUGCCUUCGGCGACAUCCUCGUCACUCUAAACCCUCCCAGCCCACCUUCCCCCGCCCUCACUCAAGCAUCGUAUGAGUACCGCCACCCCCUCUAUAAUGCCCGCAUGGUCGCCGCUCAAGAGGAUCUUGAAACUAUUCAGGGCAAGCGCGGGAUCUGGUAUGCAGGUGCCUGGACGGGGUACGGAUUCCAUGAAGAUGGGUUUUCGAGCGGGAUGCGUGUCGGGCUAAGGCUUGGUGGCAGUGUGCCGUGGGAGGCGCAGGAUGCGAAGUUUAUUCGCGGGACGGCGCCAACAUUGGCUUGGGCGGAUUGGGUCGCGAGGACUGUUGUUGGGGUUUUGCAGGUAUUUGUUGGCGGGUUUGAGGAAGUCGUUGGCGUAGGGAGGAGACGGAGGAGCGCGAAUGCGAAGGUCUGGGAGAAUGGCAACGGACAUGGUGUGGCGAAUGGCAAGGCAAAGGCGGCGUAA